AUGACGGGGAGGAAUAAUUGGUUUGUUAAAAUCAAUUGUGCCAUGAAGAACAAAGUGAAGUUCGCGGAUGACACCAUUUUAGCAGUCGAUGGGAUCAAUGAUGUUGUGAUCAUGAGAAGAGAUGGUGUAAAUUCCUUGAUCAAAUAUGUACUGUACAUUCUAGGAAUAAAGGGUAACCUUCUAAGUAUUGGUCAAUUGCUUCAUAAGGGUAACAAGAUUCACAUGAAGAACAAGGUGCUACGCGUAAUGGAUUCAAAUAGGGUUUUGGUCUUAAAAGCUCGUAUGUUUUCCAAUAGAACCUUUAAGAUUGAAUUGAAGGUGAUGGAGCAUAGGUGUCUUGCUACAAUAGCACUAUCAUCUUGGGCAUAUCAAUUUUAG